AUUGUGUGAUGAAGUGAAAGGAAUUGAGUUUUAACCUAUGUUCGUUUGUUAGUUCAGCCAAUAUAUAAAACAUGCAGCAAGCUGCAACAGGAGACUGUAACCAUGGAAAUAAUCCUCAAAACUCUAACAUUUUCAGAUAUACAUUUGAACGCUGAUUCUAUGUCUCUCUGUCUGUCUUCCAAACCGUUUUCCAACCAAAACGUUUUCUUUCAAAAAGCAGGUUUUACUUGAAGUAAUUUUGGGACCUACCAUGUUCCAGAUUAAAUGUGAGACAAAUGGAGCUUGUGAAGGAGGGUGUGCCCCGUGCCCCCGCCCUUCCGAAAUGCCCCCUGUGGCACCGGCAUCCAUGCCCUCACAUACACUAGCAUUUAAACAACCUCUUUUAUUCUUUGUCUGUCCUUCCUGUUUUCGUUUUUUUUUCUUGUAACAAUGGUAGUUGAGUGUUUGACUCCUUAGAGCCCCUGUAGGUGAAUCCCUGCUUUACUCCCCAGGACAGGAUAGGUAAGAGAGCAUCUGGGACGCCACUAGGCAGGAGGAGUCAGUCAUUGUGUGCUGGUUUGUCCAACUGGGUGGAGUCGUGUCUGUAGUGAACGGGAAGGGGCAGCUAGCCUCAGAGCUUUGUAAACAAUGAAUGAUUAAUUUGGGUUCCUUACUUGGCAAAAUCGCUCGUUAUUUUACCAAACCUGUUUUACACUUGUUUGAACAAAACUAAUUACUUUCAGGUGUAUGUUUAGGGACUGUGUGCACCUGUUUGCUGGGCAGUACGCAUUGGUGUGUGUGUGUGCGUAUGAGUGUGUGUGUGUAUAAGCUUUGGAACAUCUAAGGAUCACACCCCCAUGAGAGCCCGGCUCUAUGGGCUGGUCCUCAGCGGAGUACGACUGUAUAAGACUCUCCCCCUGCCUGGAUUUGCCAGACGACACAGCCACUCACAUCAUCCCCCAGCAGAAACCAACAGGACCACGAGACAUUCAGACAUGAACUUAGUCAGGGGUGCCGCCCGGGAGGCCAAGGUGGACAAGCUCACCGAUGGAUUCUCCAAGGUCAAGGAAGGCGUCGUGGAUGCUGCAGAGAAGACCAAGGCGGGAGUGGAGGAGGCGGGCUCCAAGAUCAAAGAGGGGGUCCUCUAUGUAGGUACGAAGACAAAGGAAGGAGUGGUAUCAAGUGUAAAUUCAUUGACUAACUGGGCCACGGAGCAAGCUGGCAUAGUGGGAGACACGGUGGCUGCAGGAGCCGAUGACGUGUCCCAGAAAACAAUGGCGGAAGUAGAGAACAUGGUGGCAUCGACUGGCCUGGUUAACCCGAGUGACUUUUCUCAAGGAGGGGGUGCCAUGGAGCAGGGGGGUGAGAAGGGUAACGUUUCCCAAGAAGAGGGCGCCAUAGAGCAGAGGGGUGACGAGGGUGACUUUACUCAAGGAGAGGGCGCUGUAGAGCAGGGGGGUGAUGAGGGUGGAGAGGGCGCCGUAGAGCAGGGGGGUGAUGAGGGUGACAUUUCUCAAGGAGACGCCGUCGCAGAGCCGGGGAGCGAUGAGUGAUACUAAUCCUAUGACUGAGGACAAGCUACACCAGCCCCGUCUCUCAGCACCACUGUCCACCACUGAGACACAAACUCUUACCAACAUUUUUUUGUGACCGAGAAUCAGAGAGACCCUCCCAGCCCCGUAGAUCCUUAACCCUGCCCACUCCUUCAUCCAGUGUUAGUAUCUCACGCACCGUGUUGUCGUUGCUCACACACUUUGACCCUGUCGCCUUGCAGUGGUCUCCUCACACGUACGCACGCACACACAAACACAGACAAGUACCUCACAGUCCAUCUCCUGUCCUCAGACUGAGGGUCUAAAUGCUACAUUCCAGUCCGCAGUAGAGAGAACUGGCCGGUUCCUGUGCAUCCAGUGCGGCCCCUUCUAUUCUUCAUCUUGGACGUGUACCGUUGUGCUGGACUUACUGCUUAUUAGCAUUAGCGUGACAUUCCUUGUGCAUUUCUGCAUAUAAUUCAUACUCAUUAGCCUCACAUAAGGUUAGUAGGAUGAGGCCCACCUGUCUGGAUUGCUUCUUUGGAACCAAAAGAAAACAAAGAGAAUGAUGUAACAUCACAUGCAUGGUGUCGGGAGUAAGACUUACGUACCAGUUGGGGGGUUCAUUACGCCUCGGCAGUUCGAUCCUUCAUAGUAGUUCUAUGUACCGUCAUAAGGGCGCACAGACACACGCAUGCAGCACCCCACGCCCAUGGAGAACACGCUAAACCUCACGCACAGCAACACGCCCACACUCACAAACCCACCGUGUGUACAUCGGCAUCCAAGCUGAUUUUAUAAACAAUACCAGUUAAUUAAAGAUGAUUUUUCUUGAAAUCCAGAA